AGUGCUCGACGUCGAGCAGUCCGCGUACGUUCGCAACAACGUUUCACCGCAUUAAUGUGGUAGUGUAUCCGGAACACCGUACACGACCGUGGCCACAGUGUAAUCUCGUGUUUCAUAUCGUAAAUCAUCAACAAUCAGAGAAACAACGUGCAACGACGGGACGUCGCGAUCAGUGCGAGGAACAAGGAAAACCCAGUAACAGUGUGAACUAGAUUGUCCCGUUCGUAAUAAUUUCGGUUGAUUUAGCUCGUGGUGCGUGGUUUUCGUCACCCCCUUUUCCCUAUCCUUCCUACACCUUCGUUUUUUCCUCCUUUCUUCACCCUACGUUUCUCUAUCUCUCUCUCUUGUUUCGCGUCCCUCUUUUUUUUUUCUCAAUUCCCAUCUGAAAAAUUACUCGCGAGACUCGGCUCUGUACAUAUACAUAUACACGCGUGUUGUACCGUCUGGUCUGAUUCGUUUUGGUAGACCGUGUAUUUCUUAUCCGUCCCUAUUCUCCUUCGAAUCACGGUGAAAUGCUCGUAACCGGUUGUGCCUCGAGACAACGACGAGGACGUCGCGCCUAUCGUUGGUGUACGAUUCCUUGACGAGCACGGGAUACGUGCAAACCGGCGCAUGCACUGCAGCCCCUGCUACUAUGAUAAUAACGAGAAAGGUGGCACGGUGGGCGCUCCUCCUGAAGCGAGAGGCGCUCGGCCGAAACUACGGUGCACAAAAGCGGUCAGAACAAGCACCCUCCGGUGUCACGGCGAUGCUGCCUCGUUCCGGCCGGGUAGAUGACAACAUCGACACCGACACCGACACCGUGGCCACCGACCUGCACAGGACCAGCAGCCGCGUCGCGUUGGCGCUGCCGUUGCCGUUCCCGUUCCCGUACUACUAUCACUAUUACUAUCACUACAACCCUCGUGUUGGCAUCGCCGCUUCAAAGUCGUUAUUCAAGCUAGAUCGCCGCACGCUCGACAAAGACCACGAGGACGACUUGCCGAUACCGGUCGAGAGGAUCGACGAACCGCAAGGGAAAGCUACGUGUGCUAAGUUGUUAGCCGCAUCGACCGAGCCAAAAACGAAGGAGCAACAGGACGUGGAACACGGUGAACAGGAAACGGAGAACGUGCCGAGAGGAAUAGAGAAGGAAAUAACAGUGUUCGCGAGCGUGGACAGUAACUGCCUUAAUUAUCAGAACGUACGAGCACGAUUUUCUGCAUGACCAACAGCCCCUUUCUCUCUCUCUCUCUCUCUCUCUCUCUCACGCUAUCUUUCUCUCUAUCUAUCUAUAUAUCUCUGUCUGUGUCUGUACGUGUGCGUAUAUGUUACGUCGAGUGCGAUUUCACACAGUACCGGCGUGUAAAGAUUACGACCGAAACGGAACGAUCCUCGUGCAUAACAGUUCGACGCGAUCAGUACGUUAACCGAUCUGGCGGUCAUUAAAUAACGAGCUUCUAAGAUACUCGUUAAGGUACGGGGAUUAGCGAACAAACGUGCGUACGCGCGUGAAUACCUCGUGGAAGUCAGUGACCAAAGUCAACGAGAGCCGAAGUGGUGCGCGUAUGAGAGUCGUAAAUUUGAACGCUCGACGCUUUCACGGUUCCGUUGUCCCUAGGUCGCGUAUACGUGAGAAUUCACCGGCAUUCGCGGUACAUUUACGCGGACACGAGACAGAGCAUCGCGAGACAACUUUGCCCGGAUAGAAAGGACAGUUGUUGUCCGUUGGUGUUGGUACACACGCGUGCCGGUGUUACGGGACAACUCGUUUCAGAGAAAACAGAGAGAAAACGUUACGAAUAGGGGUGGCUAUACGUGAAAAGGGAGAGAAAAAUAAUACGAGGGAAAAUAGAAAACAAAAGAACGGGAAAGUGUGAUAUCGGACUGCCCGUUGCAUUCGUACUCCUGCCUUGAAAUUUCGAUUCGUGUAGCGCCAUAUCGCGACACGUAUAUAUACGUAUUGUAUCCAUCUUUGUCUCCCUCUUCCUCCUCCCUUUUUCUUUGUUUCUUUCUCUGUAAUAUUUACGUACAUACACAC